UGAAUGCUGGAACUGAAGUGCUUGAGCUUUUAAAACUGUAUCUUAUUAUUUAAAUGAAAAAUCUAUCUUCUUUAGGAUGGAAAAAGACACAUUCAGGAAGCCAUAGCCAGAAAAGAAAAUCCAACUUGACAGGUAGGAUUCUGAAGAUUUUGUCUAUUAUAACAGGUUAUGUAAUAUUCUUAUAAUCAUAUGCCUAAUUAUAAGCUCUGGUUGUAUGUCAUAUUCAAAGUUAACUUUACAACUAUAAAAAUUCCUGCAUAGCAGAGCAGCAUGGGACACUAGAUCACACAAUAAUUAACACAUGCCUUUGGUGUAAGAGACCCGGGUUCGAAUCCACUGUGAGACACCAAUGUGUCCCUGAGCAAGACACUUAACCCCUAGUUGCCCCAGAGGCGUGCAACCUCUGACAUAUAUAAAAAUUGUAAGUUGCUUUUGAAUAAAUGUAAAUGUACAGGAAGUACAUAACAUCCUGCAAACAAAGUGAAGUUCCUCUCUCGGUUCCCUGGGACCCCAGUAACCGGGUGUAUUAACCUGUUCCAGUAGCUAUAAAUCUCAUGAAUUUGCUCAGCAACAUGCCUUGUUGGAUCAUGUGAAUAUUCCAUGUCUUGGCAGAUGUACCUCAGUUACAAUAAUGUUUCGGCACUGAAGAUGUUGGCUGCCCGUAACAACUGGGUCUAAACCUUAGAGAAAAAUAAGGUGGAUAAGCUUGGCUAACUUAAUUUUAAAGUUUCCAUUUUGUUCUUUUGAGAUUACAUGGGUGACUUGAGUCAGAAAUGCAGAAGCUUGAGAGAAAUUUAUGAGCUGAAACACUGUGCCCAGGUGAGUUUAUACAUACUUGAGGAGAACCAGAUGUUGUGCUUUAAGGUGGAGACUCAUGUGGCCGUGGCAGCCGAGCUGGUGUUUCUGUUACUGUCUGAGCUAAGACAAAGGAAGGGAUGGGACCACCACUACCAAGAGUGUGAAGUGAUAACUGACUCAGAUGAAGACGACCCCAUCUACCAUGUGUCACCCCCUCUGUGACUAAACGAGGCAAAGUCCAGGACUUCAUCCUCCUGGCCUCCAGGAGGCGCCCUUGUGAUUCUGGUUAAACCUUAAACUCUUACAGAAUCUCUAUAUUGUGUCUUUCCAAAGGGCAAAAUAACAAGUUAUUACAUCUUUGUCACUUCUUGAGACCCUUAUUUGAUUGCCCUGCGUUCUGUGACCCUGCGAACCCUCCCACUGUAGACUACAACAGAGGAGAGGUGCUGUGUGCUGGGUUCAGUAUCUGGGAGGAGGAAAACUCUUUCACUAAGGUAGAAAAGUUCAGUCUGAUGAAUUCUGGGAUCUUGUGAUAAUUACUACAGUGGAUGAGGACCAGAAGUCUGCUCAUGAAAUUCAGAUCACUGAGAAACUGGAGAGGAAAGAACUGCCUCUUGGCAUCAAUUAUAACAUGUUUGCAGAUCCUACAGGAUGCAAGAUUGCAGUGGCUGUGAUCCCUUAUCGGACGGUUCCCUAUUGUGCCAAAGCAUUGUGUUACCACUUCGUGAGACUUUCCCUCCAGCUAACCGUGUACAAAAGUUUACACCAACCAGUCUGAUGGGGAAUUAUAAAUCAAGACCCACUCAAACAUGUACAGAUGAGUGGAAAAAGAAAGUAAGCGAGUCAUAUGCUGUUAUAAUUGAGAGACUGGAGGAAGACUUGAAAAUUAAAGAGGAGGAGUUCAAGGAACUCAAGCAUGUCUUCAGCUCAGAUGAAGCAUUCAAUAAAGUGAAUCUGAAUUAUCGUACAGAGGGUGGACUCUCCCUGCUGCAUCUCUGCUGCAUAUGUGGAGGGAAUAAAGCUCACAUCAGGACCCUCAUGCUGAGAGGUCUGCGUCCAUCCAGACUAACCCGGAAUGGAUUCACUGCACUGCACCUGGCUGCAUUCAAGGGUAAUGCUGAACUGGUCACUGCGCUGCUGCAUGGUGGAGCAGAUAUCCAGCAGGUGGGGUACGGAGCCCUUACUGCAUUACAUAUAGCUACAGUGGCCGCUCAUCUUGAGGUUGUUGAUAUUCUCUUGCAACACGGGGCAUAUGUUAACGUCCAAGAUGCAGUGUUCUUCACCCCUCUGCACAUUGCAGCUUACUUUGGCCAUGAGCAGGUCUGCAAGCUCCUGAUGAAGUUUGAGGCUGAUGUCAAUGCAAGUGGAGAGGUGGGGGACAGACCGCUUCACCUGGCUGCAGCUAAAGGCUAUCUGGGCAUUGUCAAACUGCUGAUGGGUGACGGCAGCAAAACUGACGUCAAUGCUCAAGACAAUGAGGACCACGUUCCCCUUCAUUUCUGCUCUCGAUUUGGACACCAAGAGGUUGUCCGUUUCCUUCUGCAGGGCACCUUCGACAUACAGCCGCACUCUGUCAACAUCUACGGUGACACACCUCUCCACCUAGCUUGCUACAAUGGAAAGUUCGAAGUGGUGCAAGAGAUUAUUCAGUUGUCUGGCGCAGAGAGUCUGUCCAAGGAGAACAUCUUCAGUGAGACAGCUUUUCACAGUGCCUGCACCUACGGCAAGGACCUGGAAAUGGUCAAGUAUCUGCUCAGUCAGAAUGCUGUGAGCAUUAAUCAGCAGGGGCGAGAUGGACACACAGGUCUGCAUAGUGCCUGUUUCCAUGGACACAUCCGACUGGUUCAGUUUCUUUUGGACAACGGAGCAGAUAUGAAUCUGGUGGCUUGUGACCCCAGCCGCUCCAGCGGGGAAAAGGAUGAACAGACAUGCUUAAUGUGGGCCUAUGAGAAAGGCCAUGAUGCCAUUGUUACUCUGCUAAAACACUACAAGCGACCUCAGGAUGAUUCACCCUGCAAUGAAUACUCUCAACCAGGAGGGGAUGGAUCUUAUGUUUCUGUUCCUUCUCCCCUGGGAAAGAUCAAAAGUAUGACUAAAGAGAAGGCAGAUGUCCUUCUCCUGAGAGCAAGUCUUCCAUCAAACUUCCAUCUUCAACUUUCUGAACUGGAGUUUAAUGAGAUUAUUGGAUCAGGCUCCUUUGGAAAGGUCUACAAAGGAAGGUGCCGCAAUAAAAUAGUUGCUAUUAAACGGUACCGCGCAAACACGUACUGCUCAAAGUCAGAUACAGAUAUGUUCUGUCGGGAGGUGUCCAUCCUGUGUCGUCUCAACCACCCUUGUGUGAUCCAGUUCGUGGGGGCUUGUUUGGACGACCCCAGUCAGUUUGCCAUAGUAACCCAAUAUGUGUCUGGAGGAUCACUGUUCUCACUGUUGCACGAGCAGAAGAGAAUCAUCGAUCUGCAGUCCAAGCUUAUCAUUGCCAUCGAUGUGGCCAAGGGCAUGGAGUAUCUGCACAAUCUGACCCAACCAAUCAUUCACAGAGACCUCAACAGUCAUAAUAUUCUACUCUAUGAAGAUGGACACGCUGUGGUGGCUGAUUUUGGAGAAUCUCGCUUCCUGUUGUCUGUGGAUGAGGAUAAUAUGACUAAACAACCUGGGAACCUGCGUUGGAUGGCCCCUGAGGUGUUUACCCAGUGUACACGCUAUACGGUGAAAGCAGACAUGUUCAGCUAUGCUCUCUGCCUGUGGGAGCUACUCACGGGGGAGAUUCCAUUCGCACAUCUCAAACCAGCUGCAGCUGCUGCAGAUAUGGCAUAUCAUCAUGUCCGCCCUCCUGUUGGAUACUCCAUUCCCAAACCCAUCUCAGCGCUGCUGAUGAGAGGCUGGAAUGUGUGUCCAGAGGAAAGACCUGAGUUUUCGGAAGUGGUUGCCAAACUAGAGGAAUGCCUGUGUAACGUGGAGCUUAUGUCGCCGGCCUCCAGUAACAGCAGUGGUUCUCUUUCACCCUCGUCCUCCACGGACUGCCUGGUAGCACGUGGCAGCCCUGGAAGAAGUCACGUAGCUGCCCUUCGCUCGCGCUUUGAGUUGGAAUACGCCCUCAAUGCCCGUGCCUAUGCAUUUUGGACCCAAAACUCUGGUCGGAGGUCUUCACAGGGCUUGUCCCUGGAUGAGCUGAGGAGGAACAUGCAGUUCCCACCCAUUGACAGAAAUGGGUAUGUGUCAGAUCCCAUGAGCACCAUGCGUUUCCAUUCAUGCAGCAGCAAUGGAAGUUUUGAGGACAGCAACUAGAAGCAGAAGCUCUUUGAAGAACUUCGCACACAAACACACUUGCAUACGUGACAUAUCCGAAUUACCAUAAUUAUGAGCUUUCGAAUUUCAAACACUGUUCACAUUGUUGUCAAAGUUAUAAUGUUUAAAGAGCUCUGGCUUCUUCCAACCUCACAAUAAGUCAUUUGGGAAACGAAUGUUGUCAUUGAAACAAAUAAUUUGGAGUCAGAGGGCGUGAAUUUCUCCGAGUACAAUAUCAGGAUAGUCAACUAUGAUAAUUAUAACAUUAAUAAUAAUAAUAAUAACAAUAAUUAUGAUUAUUAAGGUGCACCAUAAGUAGAUCCAUUAAGUGUAAAGACACAUAAAAUCUAUUUGGAUGUGUUUUUCAGCCAUUUUGUGUUGUUGUUUUUUUGUGUGUGUGUAACAAUGAAUAGUGUUACAUUCAUUAUGCAUACUACUUACUUUUAUUGUUGUACAAGGUUUUUUAUAUUGUUUUGGUGUUUCAAUUUCAAGUAAAUAUCUGGUAGAUCAGAACAAAGAGUCUAUUUCAAUAUUUUAUUCUAAUUUCUUUUUUUAGACAAAUAAGCCAGCGAGUGAAAAAGGAACUUGUCAGGAUCAUGAAUGAUGUCACCUGACAAAACAGGCACUCUUAGAGGAAUUUGGCUUUGCUUGAGGAAUCAAAACAGUUCAAGUUUGAUUUAACUCCCAUGAUCUGCAUGAUUAUGACAAGGAAAAAGAAAGUGUCGGCAAUGUAUGUGAACUAAUCCAGUGUAAGGUUGCCAUUAAACUAGUGCUAAAAAUCUGA